AGGAAAAUGGGGUCAAAGUUCCAUGCUUUUAUGUACCCAUGUUUUGCUUUUGGUCAUUUCAUUCCAUAUCUUCAUCUAGCCAACAAACUGGCUGAGAAAGGUCACCGGAUAACCUUCUUGCUUCCCAAGAAAGCUAAGAAACAACUCGAGUCUCUCAAUCUGUUCCCGUACAGUAUUGUCUUGGACCCUCUUACUCUUCCUCCGGUCGAUGGUCUCCCUGUUGGCGCCGAGACAACCGCAGAUCUCUCAAACUUGAAUGGGAAAGUCAUAACCGAUGCCAUGAAUCUCUUACGCGAUCAGAUCGAAGCAAAGGUUCGUGCUUUGAAACCAGACCUAAUCUUCUUCGAUUUUGUUCAUUGGGUUCCAGAAAUGGCGAAAGAAAUUGGAGUCAAGAGUGUAAGUUACCAGAUCGUAUCCGCAGCUUGUGUUGCUAUGGCUCUUGCACCUGGUGCUGAAUUAGGGUUUCCUCAACCACCGGGUUACCCUUCCUUUAAAACGGUGUUACGUGGGCACGACGCUAACCUCUAUUCUCUCUUCACUAAUUCCUGCCUAAGGCUUUUUGGUCGGACCACCACAGGUCUAAAGAACUGCGACCUAAUUGCCAUAAGAACAAGCAAGGAAAUCGAAGGUCAAUAUUGCAGUUUCAUCGAAAGACAAUGUGAGAGAAAAGUUCUCUUAACCGGUCCAAUGUUCCCUGAGUCGCAAGAAAAGAGUGUUAAACCACUAGAAGACCGAUGGAAUCACUGGCUGAACGGAUUCAAACCAGGCUCGUUGGUCUUUUGUGCGUUGGGAAGCCAAAAUUAUAUAGAGAAAGACCAAUUUCAAGAGCUCUGUUUAGGAAUAGAGCUAGCAGGUUUACCAUUUUUAAUAGCGGUGAAGCCGUUGGGAGGCUCAUCAACAAUUCAAGAAGCUUUACCAGAAGGGUUUGAAGAUAGAGUCAAAGAGCGUGGAAUCGUUUGGGGAGGAUGGGUGGAGCAACCUUUGAUAUUGUCUCAUCAAUCAGUAGGUUGCUUUGUGAACCAUUGUGGAUCCGGUUCAAUGUGGGAAUCUCUGGUAAGUGAUUGUCAGAUUGUGUUUAUUCCACAGUUGGGUGAUCAAGUUCUCACCACAAGAUUGUUGAGUGAGGAACUUAAAGUCUCUGUGAAAGUGCAAAGAGAAGACUCUGGUUGGUUCUCCAAAGAGAGCUUGAGAGAUGCGGUUAAAUCUGUGAUGGAUGUAGAUAGUGAGAUUGGGAAUUUAGUCAAGAGGAAUCAUGAGAAAUUAAAAGAGACUUUGGUUAGGCCUGGAUUGUUGAGUGGUUAUGCUGAUAAAUUUGUUGAAGCGUUGAAGAAUGAAGUCAACAACAGAAAAUCGUCUUAA